CAUCGAUCCGCCGAGCUGAUCUGAUGUGAUGGGCCGGGCAGAAAGUUGAGAUUUCGAAUUUUGAGAGAUACUCCAAGAACGAGACCCUAUUGCUUGGUGGAGGUAUCUGAAACUUGAAAUCGUCAUCGUACAUGCUUUCACAGUGCUAUCCUGCUUCCACUCCUCAUACCUAUCAUUCUUCGCCAGUCUAGCCGCCAACGCUCACACCUCAUAUUCGCACCAUGGCCUCACAAAAGAUCGCUAUUUUGUCUGUUUACGACAAAACCGGCCUUCUCGACCUGGCCAAAGGCCUUAUCAAGAACAAUGUCCGUCUUCUGGCUUCAGGAGGUACGGCCAAGUUGAUCCGCGAAGCUGGUUUCCCGGUCGAAGAUGUCUCGGCCAUCACAAAGGCACCCGAAAUGCUCUCAGGUCGAGUCAAGACUCUGCAUCCUGCUGUCCAUGCAGGUAUCUUGGCGCGAGAUCUUGCUUCCGACGAAAAAGAUCUCGCCGAUCAGAACAUCAACAAGGUCGACUUUGUCGUAUGCAACCUCUAUCCCUUCAAGGAUACCGUUGCCAAGAUCAAUGUCACCAUCCCUGAAGCGGUGGAGGAGAUCGACAUCGGAGGCGUCACCCUCAUUAGAGCUGCGGCGAAAAAUCACACCCGGGUCACGAUUCUUAGUGACCCCAAAGACUAUCCCAACUUCCUACAGGAACUCGACAAAGGAGACAUCGUCCCAGAGACUCGCCAGCUAUAUGCUCUAAAGGCUUUUGAACAUACCGCUGAUUAUGAUGCCGCCAUCUCCGAUUUCUUCCGCAAGCAGUACGCUGGCAACGGCGCCCAACAGCUCUCGCUACGUUAUGGCGCCAAUCCUCAUCAGAAACCUGCUGCUGCAUAUGUACGCAGUGGCAAGCUGCCAUUCACGGUGCUCGGCGGCUCGCCAGGCUACAUUAACCUCCUUGACUGUUUGAACGCUUGGCCGCUCGUCAAGGAGCUCAAGCAGGCUCUUGGUCUACCGGCAGCCGCGAGUUUCAAGCAUGUGUCUCCAGCGGGUGCAGCCAUCGGUGUCCCUCUGAAUGAGAAAGAACGCAAGGUCUACAUGGUUGAUGACAUUGACGGGAUCGAGUCUUCAGGCCUCGCUCAGGCAUAUGCUCGAGCCCGAGGUGCGGACCGUAUGUCCAGCUUCGGCGAUGUCGUUGCCCUUUCCGACAAGUGCGAUGUGCCUACAGCUAGGAUCAUUUCUCGCGAAGUCUCGGACGGCGUGAUCGCGCCCGACUAUGAGCCGGAGGCCCUCGAGAUCCUCAAGAAGAAGAAAGCCGGCAAAUACCUCGUUCUGCAGAUGGACGAAACCUAUGAGCCUCCCGCCCAAGAGAAUCGGACCGUUUAUGGCGUUCAGCUCACCCAAGGACGCAACGACGUCAAAAUCUUGCCUAACCAGACCUUCAGCUCGGUCGUCCGCCCCAAGAAUGCGUCUACGCUCUCAGAUUCUGCUCUCCGUGAUCUUACUGUCGCCACAAUUGCUGUGAAAUACACCCAAUCAAACUCGGUCUGCUAUGCCCUGAAUGGUCAAGUCAUUGGUCUGGGUGCUGGCCAGCAGAGUCGCAUCCACUGUACGCGGUUAGCUGGAGACAAGGCGGACAACUGGUGGAUGCGCUUCCACGAGCGGACGCUGUCAGUUCAAUGGGCCAAGGGGGUCAAGCGGGCCGAGAAGUCCAACGCCAUUGAUAUGCUCUGUUCAGGUCAAGUUCCACCUCAAAGUGAAUUUGAGACCAAAGACUACGAGCGCAAUUUCGCUCAAGGCUGUGUGCCCAAACCUUUCACGGCGGAGGAGAGACGGCAGUGGCUCGACAAGCUCAGCGAGGUGGCCGUCUCUAGUGACGCUUUUUUCCCCUUUGUCGAUAACGUCUACAGGGCCGCCAGAUCUGGAGUGAAGUAUAUUGCAGCACCUCUAGGGAGCCAGAACGACGGCCCAGUUCUCGACACAGCAGACAACCUAGGCAUCAGCUUCAUCGAGCAGGCAACGCGUCUGUUCCAUCAUUGAGCUGUUCUUGGCCCUGAGUAGGAUACCACAAGGAGUUGGAAGGUCGAUAUUUCAUACGAUAGCCUGGGCAGGUAGACUCCUGCUGAUCGAAAACGCCAAUUCUUGUUAGACUGGGUGGCCCUUUCAACAAGAGUAACUUACAAAAAUAUCAUGGUGAAACUUGGUCCUCCCCUUUCGAAGCGGAAUCCAUAACCUCAUCCCCAAAAGCCGACCCAGUAAUGACAAUUGC